CGAUUGAGUUUUAUAUAGCUAUAGAAGCCACUCGGUGAACUUGGCCGCCUUUGGCAAAGGUGUCACCCAUAAAAAUCGCAUGCUAUUAAACUUGCUUCCUACAAUUCAAGUGCAUUGUCCUCCACUCACACAAUACUUAUUAAGUAAACUGCUUGCAUUUUUUCCACAAUGCAGCCACUCAAGAGCGUGAGCAACCAAGUGUAACACACAAAAACUACACUUUCCAAAGGCCAGGUGAUAGCAAUGAAUAUGGAAUAUUGUUAGCGGAAAACAUUCGAUGGCGCUCAUUUAAUCGGAACGCAAGCAAACGGAAUAAACUAAAAAUGCUAACCAGCAGUGUGUCAGUGCAUAAUAAAAGUAAGAUGUCUCAGUGCUUUACAAAUUUGGCAAAUUCUCAAAAAUAAUUGAAAUCAACGUACGGUUGUGAAAUUAAAAAAAUAAAUAUAUUAUAUUUUUUCUUGAACAACUGCAAUAAAAACAAAUACAAAUUGAGAAAUGAAAUUCUCCUUAGCAUUUCUGCUAACCUUUUGCUUUGUAUACAAAGAGGCGCCUGCUAUUAUUUUCAAUCAAAUGGAUAUAAAAAGUCUCUUAAAAAGCGGAGCUUUGGAUUUAAAUGUGUUACGAUGUUUUCUACACAAUAAGAAUAUAUGUCCAAGCCCUUAUAUAAUGUACCGUUUGUAUGCUCCGAAAUCAUCUCAUCAUGGAUCUCUGAAUAUACAUAAUCCAUUAACUCUCUUCAAAGGAGAUUUUAAUCCACAUCGCGAAACUGCAUUUAUUGUGCAGUUCAAUGGUAGCGCAGUCGAUGUGCAUUGCAGUUUUAAAAGAUCAGCAUACUUAUCUCGUGACUUCAAUGUUAUCACUGUCGAUUCGCCAUUAACACGUUAUCCAUGCUACUUACAUGCGUUGAUAAAUACCCGCUUGACCCAAUGUACUGCGCAGGUUUAUUCAUUCCUCACGCAUAAUGGAGCAGUUCGUGAAAAAAUCACCUGCAUUGGUCAUUCCCUGGGUGCCCACAUUUGCGGUAUGAUUUCCAACCAUUUAUCGAUAAAACAACAUCGUAUUAUUGGUCUUGAUCCAGCACGCCCACUCAUUGAACGUAAAAAAAACCACAUCUUCAAAUUAUCCAUAGAUGAUGCAAAUGUUAUACAGGUGAUUCACACCAAUGCAGGCUUCUUGGGACAGGAAGAGAAUAUAGGUCAUCUGAACUAUUGCGUUAAUGGUGGCAGAUUUCAACCAUUUUGCAAAGGAAAUCCUAUAAGACGAUCCCGUUGCUCGCAUUUUUUAAGCAUUUGCUUCCUCGCUAGUGCUAUGUUCAAACAUAAAAAAUUUGUUGGUGUUUCCUGCCCAAAUGGAUGUAGAGAAUCGUCUAAACUUUUACCGUUUAGUGGGAAAAAUUCUUUUGGAGUUAUUACACAAACGCAAGAAUAUAAUAUUGGCAAUGAUGCCCCUGACGACGCGAGAGGUUGUUACUGCAUCGACAUGCCGUUUGUAAAACAUUGUCCAUUCAAUGACUAAAAUUCAGUACAAUCAUCGUUGUGUGCGUGUAUAUAAUAUUAUAUUUAAGAUAUUAUAAGAUAACCAUGAAAUUAUGUAAUUGUACGCAACUUAAAUUAGCGGCGUUGACCGGAAAGCUAUUUAAAAUAAAAAUAUUUGACUUAAAGCUUUUGAAGCUAAUAAGCGACUGAACUGCUA